AUGAAUAAAACGGAACUGAACAUCGUCUUAAGCGCCGAGCCGGCGAGGACAUCCUCGAGCGUAAUUCACUCACACAUUCCUGUGCCGAGGAUAUCGAAUGCAAUUAAAGCUCAAGAAAGGUGCCCCCCGUCCCGUAGAGGGUCCUUCGAAAAGCUGUCCCGAGGAGUGUCUGUUGCCGCUCAAAGGGCGUCCUUCGAGAAGCUCGACGCCUCCGUUCAACAGCAACGUUGGAGGAACAAUAAUUUGUCGAGCUCGAGUAUCGAGAUGCGAAACUCGGCUGAGAAACUCUCCUCCCAGACUGGUGUUAACAGCAAGACGAAUGAGAUGGUCGGUGUCGUGAAAUUGAACAGGAGCAAUAGCCUGGAGAGCAAGUGGAAGAACAAAUACGAGGAGUCGGAGAAGAGGAGGAAAUUGUUGCUACAGAAGAGCGAGGCCGCAAGUAAGGAAUAUGCGGACUUGGAGAAAAAAUAUCAACAAUUGCAGAGACAAAAUGGUACUUUGCAGUCGCAAGUUCAGGAAAAGGAACAGAAACUUCAGAAAUUACGAACAGUGUCUGAAGCAGUGUGCAAAGAGUACGAGCAAUUGAAGCAUCAAUAUGACGUUGAAACUGGUGCUAUGCAUAAAGCUAUGCAACAAGCGUCACAGUGGUAUAGGCAAAAUCGCGAAUUGAAAAGAAGAUCACAGAUUAUAACACAGAAAUUCUUGCAAACAAAUCCGGAAGAUUCGUUAGAUCUUGAGUUAUCGGAUGAAGUUGACUCGAAUUUCGAAGAUUUCGAUCAAUUGAGAGAAACGGUGAAAGAAUUAAGUAAAGAGAUAGCAAGGCUUCAGACAGAAUUGCAUUCCGCUCGUCUUCAAGAAUUUGAAGCUCAAGAACAGGUUACGCAUUUGACCACGCAGUUGGACGAGGAAAGAACUCUCAGGCAAAAAUGUGAAGAGAAAGUAAACGAGAUGAAAGUUCAAAAGGACAAUAUGGAAAGGGUAACAAAGAUGGUUGCGGAGGAAGUACAAGCAUUGAAAGCGCAAUGCGAUCGUGAGAGGGAGAAUGCGAAGAUUAUGAAGAUAGAGGCAGAAAGGGUGCAAAAAGAAAGAAAUGUUCUGGCUCAUCAGAGUGCACUUCUCAUGGCAGAAGUUGGCGACGACCCUAAUGGAAGAUUAUUAACUGUUCUUCAAGAAGUAGAAUCUUUGAAAAGAUUAUUGGAGGAGGAGCAACAGAAUCAUGCCUCUCAAAUACAAAUGUUAGAAGAGAAAUUGGAAGAGAAAGAAUCUAACGUCGAAUUCGAAAUAGUAGAGGAAAAGUUAAAGCUGGCAGAGUCGGAACUGGAAGUUGUAACGCAAAGGGCAGAAAGGGCAGAGAAGUCAGUGGAAACUCUGGAAGGAGUGGUUCAAACUUUGAAGGCAAAAAUCAGUGAACUGGAAGAGAAACUUUCUAGGCCACCACCACCCCCUUUGCCUCCACCUCCACCACCACCAAUGUUCAACAACAGUGGACAAUCGUCGAUUAAGUUGCUGACGAAAGAAAAAAUGAAUUCGGAACGAAACGCGGUGACCGAUAUGGAAAAUAUGCUUGGAAUUACGAAAAAAACACCAACAGUUGCGCAACAACCUGCUAUCGAUGAUAUUAUUAAUCAAAUAAAAGGUGGACGGUUCACACUGAAGCAAACAGAUAAGCAAAGAGAAGAGGAAAGAAGAAGACGACAAGAAGCGGAAAGCGCACCACCAGCAGUUUCAGAAAUGUUAAAUAUUUUGGGCACUAUGAGACGAAGAGCUAAACCAAUAAAGCAAUUAUUAAAAGAUUCACCAACAUAAAAGUAGACGCUGUUAGUAAUGCGAAAAAUAUUUGUUUGUAACUCUCAGGCACAAGUUACAUGUUAUUGUUAAAAUAUUAAUCGCGAUACAUAUUUUUUUUAAACAAUAAUUUGUUUUGAUUCUACUGUUUAUAUUAUUUAUUUAGUAAGACAAUAAAUUUUUUACGAUUGAAUAAAAU